AUGACUGAUUCGGCUGUUUCUGCUGCAGCAGCGAGCCCUGCCACCAACUCACUCUUGAGAAUCAGAGACCAAGAUGCUCACAAAAGACCCGGUUCAGACCGCGCAACCACGAGUCUCACACUCAUCACACUCAUCACACUCAUCACACUCAUCACACUCAUCACACUCAUCACACUCAUACUGCUUGACUUCAUUUUUGAGCUGAAUCGCUGGGCUUGUUCCUACCGCCCCGAUGCAGCGCCCAAGGACACAUCCGUCCUCUUUGCCGUCGAGGAGAAGGUUGGCGCGCUCCAAGACAUUCUCGGAUUCUUCUCUACCAACAACAUUUCGCUCAAGCACAUCGAGUCACGCCCCUCGAAAAGCGAAGGCCAGUACGACUUUUUCGUCACGAUUGACGCCAAAUACGCCGACCAGCUCGCAGUCGUGCUCCCCCAGCUGAAGGGCAUUGUCAACAACUGCCAGCUGUUCAACAGCGAGCUGUCCGCAGCGAACGCCCCGUGGUUCCCGCGCAAGAUUAGCGACUUGGACAUGUACGCCAACACCAUCCUGUCGUACGGCGCCGAGCUCGAAUCAGACCAUCCUGGCUUCUCCGACCCCGUCUACCGCGAGCGCCGCGCCAUGCUUGCCGAUCUCGCGAUCAAGUACCGCCACGGCCAGAAGCUGCCGCACGUCAACUACACUCCCGAGGAGGUCGCCACCUGGGGCCGCGUGCUGACUGAGCUGACCAAGCUCUACCCGCAGUACGCCUGCAAGGAGCACUGCCGUGUCUUCCCGCUGCUGAUUGACAACUGCGGCUACCGCCCAGACAACGUUCCCCAGCUGGAGGUCGUCAGCAACUUCCUCAAGGACUGCACUGGCUUCCGGCUGCGCCCCGUGGCUGGUCUGCUGUCCUCGCGCGACUUCCUCAACGGCCUCGCAUUCCGCGUCUUCCACUCUACACAGUACAUUCGCCACCACACGGCACCUCUGUACACCCCCGAGCCCGACGUGUGCCACGAGCUCCUCGGCCACGUCCCGCUGUUCGCCGAUCCUUCCUUUGCCGAUUUCUCGCAGGAGAUUGGUCUUGCCUCCCUCGGCGCAUCCGACGAAGACAUUGAGAAGCUCGCCACUUGCUACUGGUUUACAAUCGAGUUUGGUCUUUGCCGACAAGACGGCAAGGUCAAGGCGUACGGUGCCGGUCUGCUCUCCUCGUUCGGCGAGCUCGAGUACUCUGUCAGCGACAAGCCCGAGCACCGCCCGUUCGAUCCCCCGAAGACUGCCGAGCAAAAGUACCCCAUCACCGAGUACCAGCCCGUUUACUUUGUUGCCGACAGCUUUGACGAUGCCAAGGAUAAGUUGCGGUGA